UGGGUCGAUGGAGGUGGGCGCACGCAAACGCCUGCGAACGUCGUGACGCUAGGCGGGCGCUUGGGCCGCGGCCAGAACCCGGCCGAAUUCCCUCCGGACGACGCAAUCCGGCGAGGAACGAGGUUGAGGACAAGCCCUCGCCAUCGCCAUCGCCGUCGCCAGAGCAUCGCCGUCGCUCGCUGCCACCCCGGGCGGGUCUCGCGAGCAAGGCUUCUGCCGUGUCGCUUCCGGCUGACGCUCCCGUCUCAUACCGCGCUGCGCUGUCCAGUCCCGCCGCCUCUCCCUCCAACAGCUGACAGCAUCUGUGGCACGACGGGGCCCGGGACAUUGCGCUUCUACUGCGCGGCACCUAUCCGGCCGCAGCGGAGGACAGUCCUCGUCUCUUCCGAGCGAUUCACAAUCCGACACACGCAUCUUGGCGUAGCCCUAUGGACAGGUCCCUUCGAAGUAGACGCGCCAGCAGCGUCGAAGACCCUCCGCAGGACCAGGACUGACUCACUGCGUCGACGCGGCAGGGAUGGACUCCUUGCAUGCGGCUGCAAGCAAUCGAUUCGCAGAAGCAGCACCUCGCCGUGCAUUCGUCCUCCGCAGCAGCUACAGCCUGAUGCUCGCGAGACGACGCCCUUUCUGCAGGAGGGUCACGCCCUCCAAUGCCGGCCUGCCAAUUCGCCCAAUAGCCAACACCACGGAGGAUCGAAGCAGGAUCGAAACGAGUCUAAAUCUGGAGUACACCGGACGUUGGCGGCCGAAUGGCGCAUUACCGCCAUCUGGCCUUCCAAUUGGCCAUCUGGGUCCUCAGCCUUAUGGACGGCGUCAACAUACCAUUCGGUGGAUACAAGUAACUUGCAGAGAAUGAGGACUAUGAUAGGCCGUUUCGUCAAAGUAUUCUGCUAUUGGCAGUUUCUCCCGAAUUCAUGCUACGGUUGAUGUCGAGGACGAGACAGGUCUCCACCGGACACGGUGCGAGCCGUCUUCUCCACUAUCAGCCGUCCUUCCGCCGGAUAUCGACUACCAUUAUAAAUCGGUCCUGGGAUAAUCGCUGCAUCUGACCUGAGGCAGCUUCACAGCUUCGA